GUGCCCGCCCUGCAGUACCUCCAAGACCGAAGAAACUCAGCAGGCGGACGACUCCAGCAGCAUCAAGUACGGCAAUGACGGUACAAGACGCCACCGGAGAUCAUCCCGCAUACCCGGUCCGAGGAGCCAAUGAGCCAGCGGCUGAUUAUCGUGGGCGGCUACUGACAUUUACGGAAGCCGUAGCUGCUGUCGAGGCCCGGAAGGAGACAGCAGAGGCAGAAUGUCAGCGGCUAGCCAAUGAAGCGGCAGCCGAAGCUCAGCGAACGACUGAGACUGACGCAGAGACACAAGACAGACGGAAUGCCAACAGCACGCAGUCCUUGAUUGCUUGUGAGCAGCAGUGGACGACGAUACUCCAAGGCAUGAUCUUUGUGCCUACGGAAGCACAGGCAGACCCGACACCGGCGGAGGCAGAGAGAAGUAACCUGGCUAACUUGCUGCUGGGCAUGAUGAGAGACGAGACCGGAAGUUGCUACAAGACGUUCAAGAUGCCGCACUUCGACAUCGGCAAGUUCGACGAUUACAACAAGUCGAACGCCUUGUCAUGGUGGCAACGCUUCCUCACGGAAGCAUCAUGCCGCGUGGUCCCGGCGGACGACAUGUUGAAGGCACUAUAUCUGCAGCUGAUUGGAGGAGCGCAGGGAUGUAUGAACCACCUAGCGGCUACACACAAGUGCACUAUCGCCGAACCCCACACGCACAUUACGUGGAAGGAGUUCGAGCAACUAUGGUUCACCCGGUUCAUGGUCCGCAACGUCGUGAAGGCGGCCAUGAAUGAGGUGUACACAUGCUCUCAAGGGAACAUGCCAACUCGAGACUGGACAACGAAGUGGCAAAAGAUAGUGACCACACCAGGCUUCGACUUGACGUUUCCGAAUCAACGAUCCGAGUUCUUCUCGCGAUCGUGCGCGGGAUUGCGGUCGGCACUCGGUAAUGAGUACGACCAUACCACAUUCCAGGCCAUUCUGGAUCGAGCGAACUUGGUCAUCCAAACGGACGACAAGGCCGCUAACGAGAGACAAUCCCAGCCGCAUUAUGUGGCUAAGCAGGCCUAUCAACGUCCGACACAUAACAAUGCCGUGUUUUCUGAGGAAAUCGACGACCACCACGCUGCAGCAGCAUCCUCGAGUGAUGGAGGAAUUGUCGUAGCGCUCCCGCCGAAGCAUCCGAAGAGAGUUCGCAAGAACAAGGCGACACAAGAGACAGCGGCAACGGGAGCUGGGCAGCAGCCAUGGACGGCUUAUAAGAUCACCAAGGAGGUCUAUGACCUACGUCAGAAGUACGCAUACUGCCUAUGGUGCAACAGUGUUGCCGACAUAGACGUCCCUUGCUCGCCCGCUUCUGUCAGGAAGUAUCGGGACUUGCUGAUCAAGGCCAGCGCGAAUAUGCAAAAGGCUCAGGUCCGCAUGCAGCAGCAAGCUAACCGACGUCGACUUCCAUGUCCUUUCCGCGAGGGAGACCUUGUUUGGGUCCUCUCCGAGGAAUUUGCGCUCGAGCAGGAUGUUUCGCGCAAACUCCUUCCGAAAUGGUUCGGACCAUGGGAAGUCACUUCUGCUGUUGGAGACGACCCCGCCGGUCCUUCCUUCGUGAUCAACAUUCCACCGCACCUAACAGUGCAUCGGGUUUUCCAUGCAUCGAAGUUGGCCAUCUACAUGCCACCUCCAGCUGAUGAAUUCCCCGGACGUCGAUCACAGGAUCUGCCUUCUAUGGACGGACAUCAGGAAGUUGACCGAGUCAUCACGCACCGCAAGUAUGGCAACAAGCCAAGGCAAUACAAGGUCACAUUCAAGCAAUGUGCGCCUGAUGACACUUGGUGGAUCUCCAGUGAAGAUUUGCAGACUUUUGCACCCCUCAUCUUCGCAGACUAUGAGAAGCGACGCCUUGCUAAGGACGCAGCUCUAGUAACGUAUGCCUUGUUGUACACAAGAUUAUGAUCUCUUGCGUACAUAGUCACAUUCCUUAUCCCACCUGUUGAAUUUUUGAAAAACAAUGAAAUAAAUGUUAGAAUAAAGC